AUUUUUGGUUCUGCAAUUUCACCACUUGGACGCAACCAUGAAUGCUUGAACAAUGAAAUGGUGAUCUUCCUUGGUUGCCCCCUCAUUACGGCCCAUCCAAACCUAUUAUAACGGCCGGCUCUAUGACAGAGAGUCCAUUGCAAUUGGAUUGAUGCUUGGUAUCCUAUACAGUAGUACUCGGCUUCAACUUUUUCAUCAAAUAUCAUAUCCAUAGUUGGUGCAUGUUUUAUCAACGCAUGUCUUUUUUCAUGCGUGACUCGGGAACCAAAAAGUCAAUUUUGUGUAUCCUUUCAGACAGGUUUCCCUUCAUUUUGUUCACGCGAUAAAAAGAAGCAGAAAAAAGAUCAGUAUGAGAGGCAUGCUUGUUCCGCGCAUGUUGGCCUCGGUCGCAGCACAAACGGUUCGUCUUUCAACCCGUCGACCAUUAGCCCAAUCCGGAUUCACAGCUAUGCGAUUCAUGUCAACUCAAACUCGCUCAAAUAUACGUCGAGUCGGUCAAGAGAAGGAUGCUGGAGCGUUGCAGAAUCUGCUGAAGCGGGUGAUGGAAGUGGACGCCGGGAUGACUGAUAUGAUGCCCGCUCCAUUCACCCCACAUACCUACAAAUGUAGAGCUUAUUGCACGGCUGAAGAAUAUCAAUUGUCGCUCUUGGAAAAACAUCUCUCCUCUUCAUCUACUUUCAAGGUCAUGCCAUUGAUUACACCCGAUAUUCUGCACAUUCAAGUGGAUCCGAGUCAGGGCGGAGGAGAAAUGUUUGUAUUUUCAAAUGGUACCUUUGUGGCAUGGGGUGUCCAGGAAAAUUGCGAACAACAGUUUUUGCAGGAUUGUAUUCGCAAGUUGCCUGGAUUUGAAAUCCACAGCAUUCAGGCGAUCGAAACCGAAGAUGCUGAAUACGUUAUCGACGAGGACGAAGCCACUGAUAUGAAAGGAGAAGUGAUCUUGUUAAACCCUCACAUCCCUUCUCUGACACUGUCAAGGAUUUCCUUCUCGCAUGGUUUGGCUAGAUCAGCAAAGUUGUCCGUCUUGGAAUCCAUGUUGGAAAACUAUUUAUCAUCGACAAAGCAUAUCCCGAUCCUCAUGUUACAGGGAAAAAAGAUCCCCUUGACACGUCGAGAGAUUCUGAUGAAAGUGGGCGAGCUGUUGAGUUUCCGUCAACAAUUGAAUUUAAGCGCUGGAGAAAGCUUUUUGGAUACACCCGAUUUCUAUUGGGCUCGGCCUGAACUGGAAGAGUACUAUCACAAAAUCUCACGGCAUCUAGAUGUGCGGCCUAGAAUUGCUAUUCUAAACAAGAAGCUCGAUUAUGCAAAUGAACUGGCUUCUAUUCUCAAGGAACAUUUAUCCGAAAAGCAUUCGUUGACUUUGGAAUGGAUGAUUAUCAUACUAAUCACCGUAGAGGUUACUUUCGAGGCAAUUCACUGGGUUUUCUAAUAUGUAACAUGGUAAAAAAUAGGAUAGAAACAUACUUUAACUCUAGAACUGACGGCUUGUGAAUAACAGUAAAGGAGCAUUAGCAGAGUAACUGAUUGAGAUUUAUUUUGUCUCUUUGGCUUUUUGUUUCCGCUGGCUUUGAUCCUACGGACGUGCAGCCUCUUUGCGACGGAGGACACUCUCCAAACCUCCAGAUUUCAUAUUUAAUGAAAUCACAGAUGUCCUUAUUUCAUAACACCAAGUGCAAAUCGCACCGUUGCUUCAAAGGAAUAUCGCCCCAGAAAC